CUCUUCCAACUAAGAAUGGGACAUAUAGGACUUCUGGCCUACCUGGCACGAAUGGGACCCAGUGCAUCGCCCAACUGUAGCCUAUGCGAGGUCCCGGAAACAGUUGAGCAUUUCCUCUUCGAAUGCCAUCAAUAUUGCUGCAAGCGCAGAGCACUGCAAAUCGAUAUCCUGCUUGCCUCCCUCAGUGACAAGUCCAUCCUCACCUUCAACCUCUCCCAACUCCUCUCCCACCCCAAAAUCAUCCCUCUUACCAUAAGAUACAUCCACGACACGGGCCGCAUC